AUGAAGCACCUUUAUGGCAAAACAAUUAGUAGACUCUAAGGGGGUGAGGAUUUUUUUUUUUAAUUAUAAAUAAAUAGAAUAUUAAUGAUUAAAGUUAAAGGGAUUUAAAAGGAAAGAAAUAAUUAAAAUGUGGUGCAGAAAGGAAAUGUAUAAUAGUAUAAUCAAUUUAUUGGAGUAAAUAAGUAAAUGAAGAGCAAAAAAAUGACUUAAACUAAAAGCAAUAUAAAUUAGACACUGUUCGAAGCCAUGGAAAGAAAGGCAAAUGAAUAUUUGUAGUUUGGAGUGAGCUGUCCCUUGUGUGCUACAUUUUUUAAUAUAUAUACAGUGGGGCUGCAUAUUCAGCCAAAUACAGAGUUUUUCAUGGGGGAAGACGGCAUAAGUCUUUGCUAUGCCACUUCAUUUAAGUUAAUUUCGCUUUUUCAGCACAACUCAAAAGAGUUAAAAUGAUGCAGAGUAUGUACAUGUAAUGCUACACAUAUUUGUUCUUAUAGUUUACUUAAAUUUUUCCAUUCUUGAGAGUAACUUUACAUUGUUAUAACUUCAUAUAGAUUGAUUUUAAUCAUACAUGAUUUUUUAUUAGAAUAAAUGAAAAGCAAGGAAAAUGGCAUCUUUUGUAAAGAAAAUUAACAACUCUAAUAGAAUCAAAACCUCUGUAAAAAGUUUGUUUUAAGCCUUUUACCAUCAACAUGCUAAACUGAAAUGAUGAACUGAAGUAAGAAAUAUUUUUUUUAAAUCCUAUGGCAUAGUUUAGAUAUGCCAUUGUCUAAUGAAGGCUACUUGCUGAAACUAAAAACAUAUAUCUAACCAUAUGCACUAUGGGCUCAGAUAAUUGUUAUAUAGGCAAUGAAAAAAAAUGUUAACAAUACAAAUUAAUGAUAAUUGAACAUUUCAAUAAAAUGAAUUUUGCUUUAUUCAUUUGCAGGUGAACCUGUCAAAAUGGCAACCAGUUCGCAGUCACAAACCUUGUUAAUAACUUGGGUUAUAAUUCUGUUCAUGAUCUUGUGCAUCAAUGUUAAGUUAGCUGCUCUAGACAGAAGUCAGGGAAACUUGCCUCAUAUUGUUUUUAUAGUUGCAGAUGACUUAGGUAAGAAACAGUUUUGAUCACAAGGGAAAAGAUUCAAACUUACUAACAACUCAUAAAUAUGUGUUCAUUAUUAAUUAUAAUCUAUACUAUAUUGCCAAUUUAAUGUAAUUUCAUUCUUUUUAAUUUUGAGUUCAAAAUAUUGUAGAACAUGCAAUUAAUAUUACUUGUAUGGAAAGAGCUAGAGAAGAGUACAUAUGUUCCUAUUGUUUAAAAUAUUGUGUACUGUAAAUGUUCUGAAAUUGUUUUGAACAGGUUGGAAUGACAUAGGUUUCAAUAAUCCAGACAUCAUAUCCCCCAAUAUUGAUAGCUUAGCUAAGUCAGGUGUAAUACUUAACCAUGCCUACAUGCAGCCUCUCUGUACACCGUAAGUUGACAUGCUUUUUGAACCACUUAACAAUUUUCAAUCUUUAAAUAAUAUGUAUUAUAUAAAAUAUUCUUUUCAUUUUGUUUCGAUGUGGGGCUAUCAUUUAAAGCUGAAAUAUCUCAAAAUAUUUUUGAUCUCAAGGUUUUGAUUGUUUUUUUUUGAGAGUUAAUUUUUUUAUAAUCAGAAUUAUAAAAAGUUGUAACAUCUUAAAACCAGAGACAUAUAGAUGGUGUGGCAACACAUGUAUGUGGAAGCACACCACUUGAAGGGAGGCACAACAUUGGAUAGCUGGACAAAGAAUUUCUAUUCUUUAAUUAAAAAAUAUGUGUUUUUGAGAAUACAUUUAUUAUCUCUGCAAAAGCUAUCUGUAGCUUGAUUUGAUAUUUUUAAAAAAUCUUUAUCAUUUGAGAAUAGGUUUCUCAAGUUUGAUAGAGUUGCAUCUUUUGUUCUUACCCUUGGUGCAAAAUGUUCUCCAAUGCCUCUGCUUAUGACGAUGCUUUAUUGACAUAUUUUGCCAUGCCUUCUUUAUAUAUCUCUAAUGUAUAUUGAAAUGUUUAAUAGAAUAUUAUAUAGAUUAGGAAUGACUAAAUAAAAUUUGGUACAAAUUCAAAUUAUUUGAAAUUAGAACUUGACACUGUAAACAGAGUUAUAUUUUUUUACAUUUCUUUGUCCCCUUAUUUAUGUAUUUCUGCAGAUCAAGAAGUGCUUUUAUGACAGGCUACUAUCCAUUUCGACUUGGUUUUCAGGUUAGUAACUCAGGUCUAUGUUCAAAAUUAGUUUGUGCUCAAGGACAAUGGUUGAUAAGCCUUUUUUUAAAAUUAGUGCUUUGAAAUUUCUAUUUAAACAAAAGGGUUUAAAUACUAAAGUAAAAAGAGGUAUCAUAUGUUUUGAUUUGUCUUUGCAAUCAUUUAGUAAUAACUUGAAAGACUCUAUCAUAUAAGGUCAUUUUUGUGGAGCUUGAUUGACAGAAUAAUGUCAUGUUAACUGGUACAGUACUUCAGCUUAAGUGUCCAACUUGAUUAAUGCUGAUAAGGACUGUUUUGUGUAUAAACAACACUCCGAGUAAUAGUGACUCAGCAUUAAUGUCAAUUACGUGGUCCAAUUAUACGUGAAGAAACUGUAACAUUGAAAAGGAAUCCUUAGUCAAAUAAGAGCAUGCAAAGGUUGAUUAAGGCCAAAGAUCCAACUCUUAAAAGUUCAGUGCUAUUAGGUUAUAGAACAAAAAUAUGUGUGUACAGAGAAUGGAAAUUGGGGGGAAGGGGGGUGUUUACAAAAGGUAGAGUGGGAAAAUAUGUAUCUAUUAUUAUCUAUCUAUAUUUGUUUAUUAAAUGAUACUAAAGACUAUGCGUCCCUACAUAAAGACUUACAGUUAUUUAAUUCUAUUUACAUUUAAUACACCUAAAAUUAAAAUAAUUGAUAGCACAAUUUUGUUUUAAAAUUAGGUGUAAAUAUCAUGAAAUGGUCUGAUGGAACAAGGUGUUAAAUUUUGGCUGUUCUUCCAACCCAUUUUUUUAAAUAUCAAAAACAGUAUAAAAUGCUCAAACAGGCUGAUUCUGAUUAUAUUUUGGACAAGUCCCAAAACUGUUAUAGCUUGUUUGGCUCCAUAGCAUUUACGCCAUGUGCACAAUCGAGACCAAAGACAAUUACUUUUCUACUUAUUUUGAAAACAAAUGAUAAAACUUCAUUUUCUUUUUACAUAUACCAGCAUAUAGUCCUUAGGGAGCGACAAAAUGUGUGUGUGGC